CUAGUACAGUGCUAAGGAAGAGUUAGUAAACGACACACUUUACUUUUCUGCGUAUCAGAUCAUAAAGUGUCGAAAGAAAGUCGUCAUUGAAAUUUUCACGAAUCGAGACAUCACCAAUAAAUAAAUUCUGAAAUAUGUUUCUUUUUGUGAUAAUGACGAUGCUCUUUAUUACGAUUGACGCGCAAUUAAACAGGACUUCAUUGCACGAGAUGGAUGGAGAAUCUUCGGAAAAAGUUGGCACCAUCUUGCAAAAAGUCCCUUCGUUACGUAGUAAUCUUCCUUCAGUACGUUUGACCAAUUUCGAAAACAUAGCUUACUAUGGCACUAUUAAAAUUGGAAUUCCACCGCAAAAAUUUCAAGUUAUAUUUAAUUGUGGUUCCCCACAUCUUUGGAUAUUUUCCAAAAAAUGCACACACCCUUUUUGUUUACGACAUUGUAGAGAUAAUAGUAACAAAUUCUAUAUAUCACCUUAUUCUAAUGACUCACGUAGAACUAUUAACAUAGAAUAUUUGAAUUACAAGUUAUAUGGUCUUCUAUCUACUGAUUUAGUGAAAGUUGCCAAACUCACUGUGGCGAAUCAAACAUUUGUAGAAGUGACAGACGCAUCAGACAUAAAUAUAAUAUUUGAUAAAUAUGUAACUAUACAUGAUACACACAUAUUUGGUGGUAUGGUAGGGCUGCUAUAUUUUAAUUUAUAUUAUUUUGCACUUACGAUAACGCCAGUCUUCGGCAACAUGAUUCAACAAGGUCUAGUGUCAUCACGCAUUUUUAGUUUUUAUCUAAAUAGAGACCCUAACUCAGCUAAUUUAGGUGGUAAAUUGACAUUCGGUGGUUCCGAUCCUGCUUAUUACGAAGGAAAUUUUACAUAUGUUCCUGCUAGUAUCGAAAGAUCCUGGGAAUUUACCAUAGAUAGUAUCGAAAUAGAUGGGAUUCCUUUUUGCAAGAGAUACUGUCUAGCUACCAUUGAUACAAGUAUUUGGAGAAUAAUUGGACCAGAAAAGGAUAUUUCAUUUAUUAAUCGAUAUAUUUCUACUAAUCCACGGGGAAGAGUGGACUGCAAUAGAAUUUCUCAAUUGCCUACAAUCCAGUUUAAUUUGGGUGGCAACGCCUUCAAUCUUACCGGUAAAGAUUACACCAUUCGGGGUCCAUAUAAUAAAAAUCGAUGUUCAAGCGUCUUCUGGAAACACAUGGACCCAAAAUAUAACAAUGAAAGUAAAUUUAUUAACUCAUGGAUUCUGGGCACGUCAUUUAUAGGCCGCUACUACACCGAGUUUGACAUGGACAAAGAACGAGUGGGAUUUGCUUUGGCAAAAAAUUUAUAGAAUUCAUCAAAACCUAUAGAAAGUUUUUCAUUGCCUUCUUUUAUUGAACACUUUAUCAAUUUUUAAUAAUUUGCUCAAUUUUCUCCAACAAAAAAAAUUUAAUUAUUUUUAAUCACCAACUGAUAAAGUUUGCGUAUUAUCAAUGUGAAUUUUUGCGUAAUAUGUACAUAGUUGUGCGUCAAUUUUUAACAGCAAUACUUUAUCUUGAAAGUAAUUAACAUGAGCUUAUUGCUAAUUAGAUUGUGCGAAAUUUUGGGAACAGUGUCAUUUGCUAAGAUUCUUGUUGCAUGGCCAUCUAGUCGAUAUAAUCAGUUUAUAUUUUCGAAAUGAUUAUUACUUCUUCAUUAUCAUUCUUAAUCACGCGCACGUUUAAUAAUUUAUUUUAUUACAAUUUGGAUUAAUUAUGAAACAAAAUAUUUAAAUAAUAUAUUUUUAAAUUUGACUGAUGGAUAGAACGGAUCGAUAACAUGGAUGUAUUUCGAAUGCGCGCGUUUGUAUAUACAUCAGUCAUUAAAUGUCGAUAAAUGAUAGCUGUAGUAGUCGAGUACAAUUUCUUCUUUGUAUGUCGCAACGUACAGAAAGAAAUUUACCAGAAAUUUCGAAAAUAUGUUCCGUUUUUUCGUAGCAGCAGUGUUGCUGAUCGACGCGGAAAUCCAAAGUUAAGUUUAUGCAUUGUAUCGUGUGUUUACGUUACGUAUCGGUAUAAUAAAUGCUGAUUUUAUAAAAUCAUUCUCUCUCGUCAUGAUCACAUUCUAUUAUCUGAAAUCCAAAACCUAUGUAAAUGUGAUUACAUUCAUAAAACGCUGAUAAAUCCUAAAUGUU